AGUGUGAUAUGAAAGGGUGAGAGUGGGGUUUUCUGACUGACUUCCAUUUUGUGCCGCAGUAACUAUGCCAUAUAAUGACAAGAGAAUAACAAGGGUGUUUGUCUUAUGAAAGGGUGUUUGUCUCAUGCUAGAAGAAGGAUUCUUAGAAUAGACAAGGACUCGUGUUGUUAUUUUCAGUUUGUUAUAGACAAGGACUAAUGUUGUCAUUUUCAGUUAGAUAAGAUGUUUCAGAACCCCCGGAAUGUACCCACAUAUGGAUAGAUUGUGUUUUUAGUUUUGUAUAAAGGACGGGGAAUGUUAGGGGAAUUUCGGAAUCCACCUGAGACGCUAGCAGACGUGCUGCGUGUGAAUACCGAAUUUCCCCUUGAGACGAUCGUCCUGAGAUUCCCCGAUCCAGAGUGCUCAAGUGAUGCUACAAUAUUCGCAGAUGCACAAGCCGCCAUUGCCAAGUCAUCUCAUGAGCCAGUGACAGGAGAGACGAAGGAAUUGGAAUCAUGGUUGCAGGGUACAGCCCUUUGGGCACACCAAAAGAGUGGACAUCUGGGAGAAAAGGCAACUUACAGAUUGUCGUGAGGCUCAGUCUUGGAAUCCUUGGAAUUGUAUUAUUGGUCGUCCCCUCUAGUACAUGGACACCUGACAUGGACACCUGGAUUGAAGAUAGAGAAACGAGAGUUGCAUACUGUACGGUGGGGAUGGAACAAUGCCACCAUACCAAGAACCCAAGAUAAUUUCACUUGUCAGGCCAAUCAGCGCUGUACUAAUAUAGUAAAUAUAACAAUUCCAGGAACGAUGUGGGCUGGACCGCCUGAUCCACAAAGAAACAGAUAUCGACCUACAUUUGCCUUACAUCAGUCAGAAGGCAACAUCACAAUUAAUGCUGCAGUAAAUAUAAGUUGCUGCUCCAAACCUUGUAGGUUCCGAUUUCUCCCUAAAGAAGAGAAGAAUAAAGAAUACAAGAAUUGUUCUAAACAAGGAGCAACAACAUUUCGGUUAGCCGUAAAAGACGUUUUAAUUUUGGUAUGUCAUAAUGCUACUGAAAUAAAAAAUUGAACGUGGUGGGCACAAGAUUUAAUGUUUAUUGAUAUCAAUGCAUCACGAAUCGAUAUUGGACAUGUUAAAAGAUUACCAUCUACAUGUGAAAAUGUAGGUACACAAGCUCAAAAGACUGUGUUAGUCACACAAGUUGUUUUCCCUCCCAAUAAUAGACAAUGUAUAUCCCGGCAACGACGUGCCUGGUAUGAUACAUUGUUGGGAGGAUAUGGGACUCUAACAGGAGUAUUAAAUGGGAUAGAUAUUGAAACAUUAGCCAAUAGGAUGCAUAGCGCCGGUAGUAAAUUAAAUGACGGACUUACAUUACAAGCAAAAUGGAUGCCUACUAUUUUUGAGCCAGCCAAAAUAUCGGCUGGAAUAGAUACUUUAAUGAACCAGCUAAUUAAUGCUAGUAAUGAUUUUGCUGUUGGAUUUGAUACCAACAUUACUAAAUUUAUAAAUUGGACCGUCUGUACACUACAGACUAUGUAUGAGCAACAACAAAAAGGCGUUAUGCAAACUAUGCUAAUGACCGGAAAUGAACAAGUAUGGAGAACAAUUUUUAAUACAAGUGUGUCCAGGGACGCUUGGAUACACUUGGAAGCUGCUAAAAUGAUUUGUAAUGACACCAUAUGCCAAGGUAUUUUAACUAUGUAUAAUGUAACCAAAGUUAUUCAAAUGUGUAAAUAUAUUGUAAUGCCUUUGUUGUUAGGACCAUCUGGUGGAGAAUGGUACUGGUUCCCCACUAUGAAAGGAGAAUAUAUAGAUGAGAAUAAUAGAACUCAUGAUUUGAGUAUUUGUACACCCACUUUACAAGGCAAGAUAUGUAGAGUACAAUCUGCAGUUUAUGAACCUUGCUUAUUAGAGAAUGGAGUAAAUUUAUGCAAAUGGAUAGUUCUACCUUUGUCAUAUACAAUGAUGAUGGAGGUAGCCCCACAAGAAGUAUGUUUGGUAACUGAUACACCAGCCAUACCUGGAAUGGUAGUUCCAUUUUCCGGAUGUAUUAGUAAUGUUAGUUCCUUAACCUGGGAAAAUGAGACAUUUAUAUUGUAUGCUGACCGUGAAGAACAUGUUACAAAAUAUUGGAGUCCACAAAAUUUAAGUAUUCCCUAAUGGGAUUUGAAGUUA